CUUUCACUAACAUGGGCUCAUUAGUGCUAUAGAAGGGUCAGUAUAAAAAGUGAGGCCGGGUCCUAGUACAGUGCUCUGUCUUCCGUCACUCCAGUUCAUUCUGGUCUCCUACAUGUAUUUAGGUCAAGGGAUUUUUUUGUAUGUCGUGUAUAUUUGGGAACGGUGUGAAAGUCAAUGGCAGCCAUUCGGUCGUCGGAGGCAGUUACUAACCGUUUGACGAUUUUAGAACUUGAAUUUCUUAUAACUGCGAAAAUGGAGCAAACUCCAGGAGAAGAAAUUGGAAUCAGAAUCUACACUGCAUCCCCUCAUAAUGAACCAAAAGCAACAAAAAUCUCCGCUGGAUCCCCACAAAAUGAUGAACGAAGAGCACCAAAGCCAUUAUGCAACCUCACCAAAGCCCCUAAAGAACCAGGUAACAAAAGGAGAGCCGUGGCUAAAGGAAUGCAAAAAACAAUCUCCAAAACAUCACUGCUUAUCAACUUCCUUCCUACAGGCACCCUUUUGACUUUUGAAAUGCUUCUCCCAUCAAUAUCCAGGAAUGGAGUGUGCACUCCUGUUACUGCCCUAAUGAUACAUGUCCUACUUGGCCUUUGCUCUGUUUCCUGCUUUUUGUUUCAUUUCACCGACAGUUUUAAAGGCCCGGAUGAUAAAAUUUACUAUGGUUUUGUUACUACAAAAGGGUUGGCUGUGUUUAAGCCUGGUCUUACCGUUGAUGUGCCUAAAGAUGAGAGGUACAAGAUUGGGUUUACCGAUUUUGUUCAUGCAAUGAUGUCGGUGAUGGUCUUCAUGGCAAUCGCGUUGUCAGAUCAUAGAGUGACUGAUUGCUUGUUUCCUAGGCAUGUCAAGGAGAUGGAUGAAGUGAUGGAGAGCUUUCCUCUCAUGGUUGGUGUAAUUUGCAGUGGCCUGUUCUUGGUGUUCCCUACAAGUCGACAUGGCAUCGGAUGCAUGGCUAAUUGAUUAUUAGUGUGUUUUUGCUAAUAUUAUUUUAGAGUGAUUUUUUAUUGAAUGUUUUCGGUCCUGGCCUAGCAGUACCGAUAGAUCAGGGUUUGUUAAAACUUUGUUGUUUAAUAUUGACUUGGGAAUAAUUGUAUUUGUUAGUUUCUACUAUCAAGUAAUGAUUCCAUUUUUUUUUCUUCGUA